AUGGCAGUAGGACGCUGGCUUUCCGGCGGUGGCCCGCGAUCGGGCUCGUCCAAGACUCCGCGGCCACAUCAACUGGACUCCGGUUCGCCCUCCGAUGUGCUGUGGGAGCAACUUGAAGCACGACGCCCCGCACCCUUGCGGUUUGUGCUACACCUCUCCCGACGGCCAAACGGCUCGUUGUGCCCAUGUCUCGAGGUGAACUUGCCCUCAACAUCGUCUUCCACGCCUCACCACACCGUGUCCCGCAUCUUGGAUCCCGAGCACCGCGUGCCCUACAUCACCCUCUGCCCAAUCCUGGCUGCUGCUGGGCUGACGAUUCUGCAGGGACUGUUGCGCUUCGGUCUCACGCCCACUGCAUACGAUGUAUCGCUUGCCGGCCUCGAACCAUGGGACGACCUUUGGAUCUCGCUGCCUCUAGCCAGAUCCAUUGCGGCCGAGCUCGGCCUGCUGCACAAUCUGGCGGCGAUUCUGGAUCCGACCACGAGCCUUGCGUGGAGUCUAGACGAGUUCGGCGAGGGACUCUCGCACAACUGGCGUGUACCGCAGACGGUCGUUGAUGCGGCUUCCUACUCGACCGACGCCAUCACACGCCCCGAUCUUGGCUUUGGCAACGUCCUGAUGCUCCCAAAGGGCCAGCAGAUCAAGACGCUCGUCUCGGCGGAACUGCGCGCGACUAUCUUCGGAAAAGCAGAGGUGCGCAGAAAGCAGCCAUCGUUUCAGCUGCAUCAGAAACUCGUCCAGUGGUCGACCCAGCUUCAUUCGAUCUGGCUCGACUUUUCAAGUCUUCUGGAGCAGGGAAUCGGAGAGGAUGACGAACAGAGGGCGUUGAUGCUGCGAGAAUUGCAGCAGGAGGUGGCUCCACCCACCUCGACCGACGUGCUCGAGUGGACUCAGCUCGUUUCGUCGCCGAUGACUGGGCUUGGCAGCCCUGCACAGCCAGAAGAUGCAGAGGUUUUGUUGGAGCCGCUCUCACUCGCGGACGUCUCGGCACUCAGACCUACCAACCCGCCGCUUGGGUUCGGUGUUGCUCCCAGCCACGAAGACGCGGACAAGCAAGUGGUGUUGCGGCAUCUGCAAGCUGUGCUGCGAGGCAAGCUGGCUAUGCUGCAACAGAUGAGCCUCCUCACCCUCGGUCCCUUUGCAUGCGCUCCGGACCUUGAUCUCGCCCAGGACACCGUGGAAAGGGGCGAGCCUAGCUCGGUGUCUUCGGAGCGAGAGCGGGUUAGGCAACAUGAAUCGCAGCCAACAGCAGCGCAGCUCACCGAGUUGGCGAAUGCGAGCGACAUCGCUGCGCUUAACGCCAAAGUCGACGGCUUGGCAGUCAAACUCGACCGCUGGCUCGAAUCUCACGACAUGGCUGAGCCCGCCAAGGCUGCCACGACCGGUCCCAAUUCGAACGGCAAGGCCGACAGCGGAAGCACCCGGGACACCUCACGCCCGGCACCCAGCCCGACAUCAACACUCCAAUUGCCGCCCUGGCGACUCCUUGUGCCGUUUUCAAUCGUCUGGGUCCUUUGCGCGAUUAAGGUGUUGUUUGUAUGA